CCUACAUUUCGUCCGUGAUUUUGUGGAUCUUUCCGAUCAAUUUUAAUGAUUUUUGUGUGUUGGAUACUGUGCAUUACUUAAGGAUUACUGUUAAAUAACAAAGGUUCCAAAGUUUUAAGCAAUGAUUAUUUUAAUUUCUUGUACUACACAACUAUGAUAUGCUUUAUACAUUGUCAUGAGGGAAGAAGAUUUCGAAAUUGCAAUCAAGGUUGUUGUGGUGGGAAAUGGAGCUGUUGGAAAGUCCAGCAUGAUUCAGCGAUACUGCAAAGGAAUUUUUACUAAUGCUUACAAGAAAACUAUUGGAGUAGACUUUUUAGAAAGACAAAUUGACUACAAUGGUGAAGAUGUCAGACUUAUGAUUUGGGAUACAGCUGGUCAAGAAGAAUUUGAUGCCAUAACUAAAGCAUACUAUAGAGGUGCUCAAGCUUGUGUUUUAGUUUUCUCAACUGUAGAUAGAGAUUCUUUCAAAGCUAUUGAAUCAUGGAAAAGAAAGGUUGAAAAUGAGUGUGGGGAAAUCCCUACUGUUUUAGUUCAAAAUAAAAUUGAUCUUAUAGAUCAUGCUACAGUAGCUAAAGAUGAAGCUGAACUUUUGGCUAGACGUUUAAAAUUAGAUUUUUUUAGAAUUUCCGUAAAGGAAGACUAUAAUGUCUCUGAAGUGUUUCGUCAUCUUGUAAAAAGGUACCUAGAUUUGACAAAUGAACCUAUAGAAGAAAUAAUUCCAAAUAUACAUUCACUUGGUAGUCGGGACUAUGAUGGAUAUCCUCCACAUAAUGUAUAUAUGCGAUCCUCAUUCUCACAUGGGGCAAAUGGGACUAUAUCUUUACACAAACCAAAAAGAAGUAAAAGUGGAAAGAAACAUUUCUUUCGAGGUUGUCGUUUGUUAUAA